AGCUACCCAAGUAGAGGUGGCUGUUGUUCAUCGACUGACGCAUGCCACUCCUUCGCAUCGGGGAUUCAGGCAAGAGAUUAGCCUGUCAGAGAUGAUGCACGUCAGAGGGGAGCAUUCGACCCAUCUCUCUAUAGGUUGCUCCUGUGUGUAAUAAUCCUUCCCAGCCACUCAACUUGGACGAGUCUGAUGAGGACAAGCAAGAGUCUGGAGAGGAAAUGGAAAGCAGCGUGACUUGGCGGCCGUUGACUGUGGCCUCUCGUCUGCACGGCUGCGGACCAUGCAUCUGCGUAUCCGUACCUUGGUACGUACAACAGUAUUCCACAACUCGCUUUACCCGAUAUGAGAGAAAUUGGGCCGGUGGUCUGCUUCUCCUUCUCUCGUCCAACGGCUUGUCUUCUUCCCAUGCAAAGAGGGGGGAGAUGAGUUGGCUGUCGAUGAGGAGUCACAUUCAUUCCCGCCAGCAGGGAACCCUAGUCGGCAAGCACCCUGCUGGUUCCUCCGUCUUCAUUUUCCUCUUGAACAGAACCGUACUCUCGGGUUCCAAUAGGACGGGAUGCUGGGGCAUAAUCGUCCCCCUUAUCGAUGCCAACCGGCCCCCUACGACCCCCGUCUUGCUGACGGGACCAGAGGUGCACAGCUUACGGACUAAUACCAUGACACUGCGAUACAAAGAUACCCAGCUGAGCUUCCCCCCUAUUACUGAAUCCUGGAUGACGAGCGGCGUUACCUGCCAUCUACGAUCCAAUCGUCCACCAAUGGCCCCCGGUUCUACGGAGAACAAAUCCAAGGACCAGGUCUCUGUCGUUUCAUUAGGACGGGGGGGCAUAAUGCUUCUAGAAGACCAUGGUGUUGCGAGCUGACUUUCUGAAAAGGCAUGGAGCGCGCGGUGCCGGUCCUAUGAGCCGGCGAGUCCUACCUCCUGCGUUCUCUUUACCAGGUUUUCGUAGGGGAGGAGAUGAAAGGUGCGGCUGCGGCUGCGGCUGCGACUGCGGCUUUACUGCGGUCAUGGGCACAUGAAUCGACUUUUCCUCUUUCAUC